AUGCAAAGAAGAGUGAGAAAUACUGUACUAAACCUUUUUCAAAGUGCUGCAAGAGUAUACCUUCAAUCAGAAUUUGAUGACUUCAUGUCCCAAAUAGCUGUUGUUGAUAAGAAAACAUUUAAUUAUUUAAUGGAGGAACCACCAGAAAGGUGGGCUCGUUCACAUUGUCCGAGAAGACGAUAUGAUAUGUUAACAACAAAUAUUGUUGAUUCAAUGAAUAAUGUAUUGAGACGUGCAAGAGAAUUGCCACUUUUAACAAUGAUGGAUUUCAUACAAGAAAAGUUGCAAAGCUGGUUCUAUGAAAGAAGGACAACUGCAGAAGGAAUAUUCCGUGAGAUAUCAAAUUGGGCAGAAGCAACAUUGGAAGAAAAAAUUAAACCAGCUUUUACAUUUAGAGUAUUGCCUAUUGAUCAACUCAAAUUUAAUGUGAAAGAAGGGGUAUAUAUCAAAAGAAAUUGGCCUUUUGCUCCGCCUAUUAUUCAAGGGACUUUUGGUUGA